AUGAUUUUUAUGGUAGGAGUCACUUUAAAUGGCAAAGACACCGUAUCAGUGUUGACCUAUCAGAACAAGCUCACAAUCUUCUCAAGAUCUGUCACAAAAGCCUCCCGACUGUACUGGGCACAGGAAGUGAAUGGAAACUGGUCCAACUGGGUUCUGAUUGGUGGAUCAUCUGUGUCAUUACAAACUGAUGUUGCAAUAGCUUUUAAUGGCUUUUCCAAGGUAUUCAAGACAUUAGGGAGUUUAAGCAAAGACAUUCUUGAGUGAUGCACAACACCUGGAAGUGGUCUUCUGGUGUCAAGUUGUCUCUUAUAUAACAGCAAAGAUACUAAGAAUUGGGGAAUUGGUAGCAUCAAGAAAUAUUACAGGGGAAAACACUUCUGGAUGAUAUGCAUCACUCAAAAAUGCAUUUGCUUAAACUCCCUAUUAAUCUGUCUGUUGUACUCUUCGAUGCCACACCUAUUGAAAGCUUGGCAGAUAAACUGGUAGGUAGGUAUACAGUUAUGAAAAAAAUAAUACUAUUGAUAGUUCUAUCUUGGAAAAGCUAAAUUGAGCUUGUAGAGUUCUCCUGCUAAAAGAUCACAUGUAAUAAACUUACAUUAGAAAUUGGCAAAUAAAAUAUUGAUCUAUUGAUUAUAAUUGAUUCUUUGUAUCCUAUGGAUACAAUUGGGUGUUAACAGCGAAUGCAAAAGAAAAACCUUUGAAAAAAUUGAAUGUGACAGUACCAGCCUGUACUUCAUUUUUACUAAUAAAAUUUAGGUUCUUUCUGUGAAGUGUAAUUCAUUAUAACCAAAAACUCAUAAGUAAUAACACUAUUGCAGACUUUUUUUAGUACAAGGAUGGUAUUUAGUAGGCCAGUGGCCCAUUUAAUCAUAGUGUUUUACUCUUGACUGAAUUCACUACACAUGGCAAUCAAAUCAGCCAAGCAACUUUUAAUUAUCACUUCCUUAUACUGGUUUCUUGUCUACCCUUUAGUAUUUAGAAGCAUUUGCAGUCAUGGAAAAUAACAAGAUGUACAGGACCUGGCAAACAAGUACCAGCAUUUUUUUCAAUAAUAUUAUUAGUGGCUAGAGUUACUGAUGAUAUAAUUAAACUUUUCAGUCAUGAAAAAAUGUCCAUUGAUCAUUUAAACUGCCAUAAAAUUAUCAUAAAUAUUCUUCUGUAUUCUUCUUAAUGUGGAGCCAACUCAACCUAAAUGCAAUUUAUUGAUCAAUGACUAAACACCUACUCAUUAUAUCAAAAUGAUUGUUUCCUCUGUGAAAAGUUAUACCUGUCUUUUGAUCAGCCCCACCCUUGGUUUCCAAAGAAUUUCAAAUGACUCUGACUUCCCUUAGCUUUAUAGCAUGUCAGUAGGUAUUUCUUUGCACCAUGCCAUAGUCAAAUAACAGACCCAUCCCCAGUCAUCUCUUAUCGUUUCCAUGCAGACACAGAUUGGUUGCUCGAGAAUAGCGUGCCAUUGUAUCUCCUACAUUCAUUGGUUCUCUUGCAUUGACAGAAAGAGAGACAAAUACUGAGAUGACUGUGGGUGUGUCAGCUCAGUAGCUUAAUCUUUUUUACAGAUAGUAAUUCACAUCAAUUUGCACUCUUUACUAACAUUAGGUCCAACGAAAUGGGUGUCAUGGGAUGAAACUGGAUAUGGUGCCCCUGAGACACAGCAUGCCCCAGUAGUACAUGCCAUGAGCCACAGUGUGUUCAAUGGUGUCCUGAAUGUUUUCAUUUAUGGAAAUGAUGGCUAUAUUCACCAUAUAUGGCAGACCACUUGUGACAAGGUUCCCAAUCCCUGGGGGUGGUGCACGUGGAGUAUUUGGUACAAGAUAAGUAACAAGAUUCCUGAGUCAGUUUCUUCCAAUAACCCAAUCAGUAUAGGAACAAACAUACAUCUUGGAAUUGAGGUAUGAGGUUGUGUGUGGGUUGCCGUGGUGGAUCCGGGGGAGAGGCCCGGGAGCCUACCCCCCUUAUUUUUAGACCAAACUGAGGCCCCCCAAUUUUUUUUUAAGAUUGGGCCCCCCUCUUAUCUCAGGGUCUGGAUGACCAACCCCCCCCCCCUCCCCCCCUUAUCUGAAAGUCUGGAUCUGCCACUGGGUUGAUACUAUAUAAACAUAAUGUUAUAUGAAAUAAUAAACUUUAUGUCUAGUAUGAUGAAUGAUUGCCAGCAUGCAGACUUCCAUGAAAACAAAGUCAGGUGUGAGAAAUACCUGCACAUGUGAAUUGCACGACCUUUCGUGGUCAGUCAAGAGACACAGGUACAUUGAUAUCUUAAAAGGUACUGUAUUCAGAAAAUUGCAGUAUUUGCACUUUCAAAGCCAUAUGCAAAUUCCAUAGUUGAGUUAAAAUAAGUUUUGACCCGACAAAAAUAAUAACAUCAUUAUUUUGAUAUCACUGUGACCCUGAAUAUUCAGUACAGAGGUUAAAAACCAAGUAGGCUGUUUGCAUGGAAAAGAGUGCAUAAUUUUUGGGAUAAUCUAAAUUCGUCACUUAACACCAUGAUGAGACUCUGCAAGUCCUUGGAGCUCCACAGUUGGGCAUCACCCCGUAUCCAUUUUAAAUUCCAGUGUCUUCCAUGCCAUGCGGGUUAAUAUUAUUGAUUUUCAACUGCAAUUCACAUACAGGUUUUUACAGUUGGAAAGGAAGGAGGCCUGUGGCACAUGUGGGAACUUGAGCGGGGUGGGGUGUGGAACUCCUGGCAACAAGUACCAUCCCCUGGGCGAAACAUAGCCAGUCAUGUCUCAAUUAGGAAUGAUGAGAAAGGAUGGUGGGCUGCAUAUGCAGUAAGUUCAUAUUAAGGGAAUGUCAUAUUACCGCCAAUUUUAGUCAGUGGUAAAAGAUGUUCCAAAGGAACAUAGAGUGACAUAACAUAAUUCUUUCAAGUUGUUUUUAAAAGCCUCUUUUUAAAAGUUAAUCUCAUUUCUUUUUUUUUUUUUGCUUAUCUAUAAGGAAGUCUUUCAGAUCUCUGAUUAUAAAAAGAUAAUUAGUACGUCUCCAUACAGGUUAAGUUAAAUAAAAAUAUGUCAGUGGCCCCUCUUUGGCAUUGUUCAAGUACAUGUAACUUUAUUGUUACGGUUCCACCUUGCAGCUGCAUUAACUGAAAGGGAAAAUUUUUAUUUUGUUUUGUAGCUUAGUGCUUCUGACAACAUCAAAGUGAUUGAACAGAACAGGUCACUCUCCCUGUCUGUAUCAACUGUUUCAUUUGGAAGUCCAGUAAAAGUUUCUUGGAAGGUCCCGGUUGAUGAAGCAACUAACAAAGACUGGAUAGGUAAUAAGAAAAUUAAUACAGUUGACUUGGGCUACCUGCACCUCCCAUAGAAUUAAUGGCACUGAAGUCCUCACAAAAACAACAACAACAACAACAACAACAACUUUUCAGAUUCAUAAGCUGACUUUGGCACCCUUUUUCGAAGUACUUAUAGGAAGCUAAAAGAACCUCCCUUAGAAAUCUAAACUCUAAACUUUAAGGUCCAAAAACGCUUCCAAAAUGUCUUGACAUUCUACACUGUAUAUUAUUUAAACACAAACAAGCUGCAGUAAAAAAGUGAAUGGCAUAGUGAAUGAUCAGUCCCACUCUGUAUAGAACCUCCCAUAAGCUGACAUCAUUAUUUUUUUUAAAUUGUUCUAUAGGUGUGUACCCCAACGGUGCAGAUAAUGAAAUGUAUAUAGACUACUAUUAUGUUGGAGGUGGACAGAACCCUCUCAAGGAUGCUAUUCCCACUGGAUCUCUCACUUUUAAAUCCUACCUUCCAAAUGGAAAAUAUGAUUAUCGUUAUUUGUAAGUACUGGUACAUACUGUAAUAACAAGUCAUGCUUAAAACAGUGCUGGUCAACCCUUUCAGUUUAAAUAGAAAAGUGGGAGUAUCUUUUCCACUAUGAUGACAGUAUUACCAAUGUCUUGAUUACAUGUACCUUGUAGGCAAAGAUGAAUUUUGCGGAUGUUUUACCUUCUCUUUAUUUAAUAAAUUAAUUUUGUUCCUCUAAACUGAACACAUAAUAAUAUUAGCAGACAUUUCCCCAGUAAGGAGACAAAGAAUCUUUGUCUUCAUGAAUGGCUUAGCAAUGAACUGUUCUUAAUUUCCUGAUGCACAACUGAUUAGCAGAAGAAAUUUUUUCUGACUCUUGUGAGUCUAGAUAAUUGUACACAUGUACUUGUUUUAAAUGAUCAAGAGUUAUUUUUCUACCCUAAAUAGAGCUAUCCAUGAAAGUAUCUGGAAAGCUUUCCAUCUUACAGUCACUACUUUUAAAAAUAUGUUCUCUUCAGGGUAAACAAGAAGUAUGUUGAUGCUAUGAGUUCCUCCCUCACUGGAGUCAAUGGCACAACGGAUAAGGAAUGGGUACAGGUGUACCGUGGGAUAGCAGCAGGACUGGGCAAAGAAGGCUUUGAUUUUGAGAAAUGCGUCAAAGAUGGAAACCACACAGUGGAGUUAUUUAGAGAAUCAUUCGCUGCCUUUGAAAACAAUGAUAUUUUCAAAGGAAUAGAGUUACUUGGCACAGCUUUGAUGGAGAUAGGCAAGGCAUUUGAGGAUUGUGGAGAAACAGAUAUUGCUAAAGCACUUGAAAAGCUUGCAACGGAUUUCAUUGAAUGUGUAAAAGGUAAACAAGAAAGAAAUGUUAUUGAAAGGAGAACAAAACUUAAUGUCGCUACCAUUUCCUUAGGGGAUAGGUGGUGGGACAAACCCUCAAAGUCCAAGUACCUUGCUGUCAAUUCAAUUUUUUUGUUUAAUUAAUAUUCACAAUUACUAUUAUUACGCAGGGUUCUCAUUAAGUUUUAAAGUAGACACCCAAGAUGUAAAAUAAAUUAAUGUAGGCGGCUUGGUACGUGUAAGUGAGUGCUGUACGCAAUUUCAGGCAUUCACUAUCCCACUUAACCCUAUUUCUCCAAAAAGUAGAUGGCUCAAACNUUGUACUGCACACAUAGUAAUAUAAGCGGACAUUUCCCCAGUAAAGAGACAAGGAAUCUUUUGUCUUCAUGAAUGGCUUAGCAUGAACUGUUCUUAAUUUCCUGAUGCACAACUGAUUAGCAGAAGAAAUUUUUUCUGACUCUCUUGAGCCUAAAUAAUUGUAAACAUGUACAUAUUUUAAAUGAUCAAGAAUUAUUUUUUUACCCUAAAUAGAACUAUCCAUGAAAGUAUCCGCAAAGCUUUCCAUGUUACAGUCAAUACUUUUAAAAAUAUGUCCCUCUUCAGGGUAAACAAGAAGUAUUUUGAUGCUAUGAGUUCCUCCCUCAUCGGAGUCAAUGGCACAACGGAUAAGGAAUGGGUACAGGUGUACCGUGGGAUAGCAGCAGGACUGGGCAAAGAAGGCUUUGAUUUUGAGAAAUGCGUCAAAGAUGGAAACCACACAGUGGAGUUAUUUAGAGAAUCAUUCGCUGCCUUUGAAAACAAUGAUAUUUUCAAAGGAAUAGAGUUACUUGGCACAGCUUUGAUGGAGAUAGGGAAGGCAUUUGAGGAUUGUGGAGAAACAGAUAUUGCUAAAGCACUUGAAAAGCUUGCAACGGAUUUCAUUGAAUGUGUAAAAGGUAAACAAGAAAGAAAUGUUAUUGAAAGGAGAACAAAACUUAAUGUCGCUACCAUUUCCUUAGGGGAUAGGUGGUGGGACAAACCCUCAAAGUCCAAGUAGCUUGCUGUCAAUUCAAUUUUUUUGUUUAAUUAAUAUUCACAAUUACUAUUAUUACGUAGGGUUCUCAUUAAGUUUUAAAGUAGACACCCAAGAUGUAAAAUAAAUUAAUGUAGGCGGCUUGGUACGUGUAAGUGAGUGCUGUACGCAAUUUCAGGCAUUCACUAUCCCACUUAACCCUAUUUCUCCAAAAAGUAGAUGGCUCAAACCCUAAAGUAGCCCGCUUUUUAGCCGGCUACCAGCACUUAAUGAGAUCCCUGAACACAUAAAAUUUUAAUUAUUAAAUAAAAUAUUUUUAUAUCAUUAAUAUUUUAUUUUUUGUUAAUAAGUGAGAGUCUAAUAGCACCAAAAUGUAUUUUGGAAACACAAAGGAUCUACAGGAAGCAAGUGGGUUUUUUUUUCAACGAGGAAUUGAACUUGGGUGUACUAAAAAAUUCUACAAAGAUGUAAAUGUGAUCAGAACAAGGAACUAGCAUAGUAAAAGUAGGGCCUCAUAACCAUGCAGACUCCCACUUCCUGCUUCAAUCCUUGCUGCACUAAAAAAGAAUCUGAUAAAUGGAAAAAAAAGAUUCAUUCUUCAAAUUAACAAAAAUUUGAUUUGAAUUUUGAAUUUUGGAAUUUCUCAACCUCAAAACACAAUAAUACUAAGGGCAAUAAGUAACUAUUUGACUGCAAUGAUUCAUUUCAGGUGGCCUCAAAAUUCAGUUCAGUAGUAAAUAUUGUCAAUGAAGCAGCACAUUUUAUGUAGGAAGAAACUGUCAUGAUUUUUUUUCAAUAGUAUUUUUUGUCAUUUUGUUUAGGGCAUUGUGUCCAUUUUGUGAUCGACAUAGUGGAUGAAAUCCUCAUCUUGUUUGAAAAUGUCUUUGAGAUCUAUGGAGAUAUUCGUGGAGCAAGCAACUCAUUCAAAAUUAAUGCUUACGAGCAAGGUAAGAAUAGGCAAUCAUGCCCAGGCUGA